GUGCUGUCGCUACCUGGACUUUGGAGCGGACGUCGCUCACCGCGGUUUGGUGGUUCUGUUGCUUAGGUGUAUGCUCGCAACGCUCUCGUCGUCGUCGUGGGGUCAAGCCGCUGCGCACAGACAGAGGGACACGACUGCCACACCUACACUGCAAAUACACACACACACAGCAUAGGGGGUCUGGCAUUGGACAAUCUCUGACGAUGGUGCUGCGAACAAGGCAGCCCAGCGCUGCGUGUUGGCGGAGGUCAUCGCUCGUGAUCACGGUCGGGCUGUGCGGCCUGCUGCUCACGGCAUUGUUGUGGGUGAGCAAGCCGCCCUCAGGACACGUGGGUGGCGACGCACGGAGGCGGUUGGACGACGCAGAGCUGGCCCUCAUCGGCAUCCUAGAAGAAGUUCGCGCAUACCCGGGCUUCACCGGUGACAUGACGCGCAUCGUGCAGCAGCUGUACAAUGCCCGCCUGCUGCAGCACAGCUCAGACUUGGCAGUGCUAUCGCGGGACACCCUCCAGCACAAGCACGACCUCUCUUUGACUACAGAGGAGCUGGACACGCUCCAGCGCUGGUCCCGCAUCGCGCAGCUCAAAGUGCAGGCCAUCCACAACGUCGACCUGUGCCCAUGCACGCACACGACCUGCCCGCCAUCACAGGCCUCGAAGAUCGUUGCGCAACAGGGCAACGUGAACGACGUGCAGCCAGAGCCUGAAAAGAACAAGAAGCAAGGCGAAGCAGCUCCUGAAGACAAGGCGAAUGAAGCAGGCCGAAACGAGAAAGAUAAGAAAGAUAAGACCACACUCAGGCCAGAGCAGCAACAACAACAACAACAACAACAACAACAAAAGUCGCAGCAGCAGCAACAGCAACAGCAGCAGCAGCAAGUGCCUGAUGCCGAUGUGACAGAUGUUGCCCACCGAGGGAUGGCCAACGCCCACUACUGGUUCAACGUGUGUGGGAGCAAAAUCAGCAUCCUCAAGAACCAUCCAAACUUCCCUGCAAGGGCGAAUCACCUCGAUGCGCUGACGCGACUCGACCACGUGGUGCGGUCUGCGUCCUUUGGCACGCGCGUGUUCGGCUUCAUCAUCCCGCCACGCGACGGCACAUAUGUAUUUGCGGUGUCGGGUGACGACCAGAUUGAGCUGCGUCUCAGCGCAGACCGCGACCUUGCCCACGCCGAACUCAUUGCCUCUGCAUACCGGCCCACCCCGAGAAACAAGUUUGAUGUCCUCGCCACACAAAAGUCAAAGCCGCUGUCACUGCGCGGGAACACCCCGUAUGCGUUUGAGGUACUGCACAAGCAAGGCGAGAGCACCGAUCACAUGCAGGUCGCGUGGUCCCUUGAUGGCGGGCCCUUCAAUAUCAUCCAGGGCGAUGCGCUUGCGCUCUUUGACAUGAAACACACGCACGAGGACAACUACCUUGAUGAGAUGCAGCUUGUCAAGGAGGCAGAGGAGAGCCCUCAUUCCUACCACCUUGGAAACAUUCAGCGGAUCCCGUAUGUGAGCGAUGGUGACACGGAUGGGGCACUGCCUGCGUGUGAGUACUCCCCGUCUUGGGUGCACAAGCGCAAAUUGCGGCGCUAUGAGGCAGCGGAGACACACCUUGUCCGCACCUCCCUCCUCUACCCAACUUACGACGCAAGGAUGCCGCGCGGUGAGGGCACGCCGCCGUCCGGCGAUCGCGAUCCGCAACCGAAACUCUCCGAUGUCGAAGCAAACGCCCUCGCCCAGAAAUUCAUGACAAAACUGAACGCCCACCGCUCCGCGAGCAACAAGCCGACGUUUCGCCUUCACCGCAUUCACCAGAUUGAGGCAAAGAAAGCGCUCAGUCCACGCGACGGUAUCAGAUAUCUGGUCGAAGUUGACGUCGUCUCAGACGACCAGCCGGAGCCGCGCCGCGUCUCGCGCUAUGUGGUGCAGACGUACCGCAACGAGCUGUGCUACCCAGAGGGAUGGACGUGGAAGAAAGAUGCGACGGUCUACAUUGUGAUUCCCGUGAAGAACCAGGCACCGUGGGUGAUCCAUCUCAUCAAGAACAUGCAGCGUCUGCUUGCUGUAAUGCACGAUGCGCGCAUCACGCUCGUGAUUGUGGACUUUGGGUCCACUGACGCCAACAUCAAACAACUCCUGGACAUCAGCGGCAUCGACUUCGUGUAUGUCCCGCAGGAGUCUUCCUUCUCGCGAGCACUCGGUGUCCAGAAAGGAAUUGAUGCUGUCAAAGACCCCGAUGCCGUUGUCUUUGCGUGCGAUCUCCACCUCGAGAUAACCCCGGCCGUGAUUGAGAACUGCAGGAAACACUCUGUCCGCAACCACCUCGGGUAUGUGCCCGUCGUGAUUCGUCUUGGCUGCGGUGCACAUCCGGGUGAUGUGAGCGGAUUCUGGGAAGUACCUGGCUACGGGCUGUUUGCGAUGACCAAGGCUGAUUGGGUUGCUAUUGGAGGGAUGAACACGAGGGAAUACAAGGACAAGUGGGGUGGCGAGGACUGGGAGAUGCUGGACAGGGUGUUUGAGCACGGCUAUGACGCAGAUCGCAUCAAGGAGCACCAGUUCUAUCACUAUUAUCACACGCGCGCGGGAAUGUGGAACUCGAAUCUCAACAUCAAUCUCCCAACAAACGUGAAGAAGGCGUGAUGUGAUGCAGUUUGUGUGGUGUGCGUAGUCGUUACGGCUCUUUUUCGCUCGGAGCUGAUGAACAUGUACAAAUAAAGUCACUAGCAGAGC